AUGAGUUCCCUGACUUCUGACCCUAACCAGACAGAGAACAUCGACACCAUUAUCCGACCCCCUUACUUCUUCAUCAGUGGUUUCAUAGACAUCCCCCACAUUAAGUACUAUUACGUCUUCCUCUGCUUCGUAUACAUCGUCUCUCUGGUUAGUCCAUAACUCUGCUCCAGGCUGUUGCUAACUAGCUGUGGUCCAGGCUGUUGCUAACUAGCUGUGGUCCAGGCUGUUGCUAACUAGCUGUGGUCCAGGCUGUUGCUAACUAGCUCUGGUCCAGGCUGUUGCUAACUAGCUGUGGUCCAGGCUGUUGCUAACUAGCUGUGGUCCAUGCUGUUGCUAACUAGCUGUGGUCCAUGCUGUUGCUAACUAGCUGUGGUCCAGGCUGUUGCUAACUAGCUCUGGUCCAGGCUGUUGCUAACUAGCUGUGGUCCAGGCUGUUGCUAACAUGGGCUAACUAGCUGUGGUCCAGGCUGUUGCUAACUAGCUGUGGUCCAGGCUGUUGCUAACUAGCUGUGGUCCAUGCUGUUGCUAACUAGCUGUGGUCCAGGCUGUUGCUAACUAGCUCUGGUCCAGGCUGUUGCUAACUAGCUGUGGUCCAGGCUGUUGCUAACUAGCUCUGGUCCAGGCUGUUGCUAACUAGCUCUGGUCCAGGCUGUUACUAACUAGCUGUGGUCCAGGCUGUUGCUAACUAGCUCUGGUCUAGGGCGUUACGUAAGGCCAGCAUCAGCUAGUUGGUCCACCUGAUAAGCUAGAAAAGGUUUCACUUUCCUAUCGAAAGCACACAUGUAUAUAUUUUUAGAGCUUAAGAAAACCUGAUAUACUGUAGUGUCAUUUCAGCUGGGGACCUAUAGCGCCACCCGUAGUCAACGUCUAAAUGCAUUUACCUGUAUUUCCAUUUUAGGUCAUGGUUUCUCCUGUGUGUGUGUGUGUGUGUGUGUGUGUGUGUAUUGGGUCUAGGUGGGCAACACCUUCGUCAUGAUGGUUAUCUACGUGGACAGCAGUCUCCACAGGUAAUCAGUCCUCUUUUAUAUCAGUGGUAAUAAUACAGCAUAAUACUACCUUUAUUGGACAUUCUAUCUUUUUUCAGUCCCAGUACCCAACCAGAUGAAUGACAACACACACAACACUUGAACUGUAUCCCUGGUUACCGGCCUGCCUCUCAAUAAGGCUUCUGAAUGAAAACCACCAGUAGGUCCAGCUGGCUGGUCUAUAGUUGAUUCUGAAUGAAAACCACUAGUAGGUCCAGCUGGCUGGUCUAUAGUUGAUUCUAAAUGAAAACCACCAGUAGGUCCAGCUGGCUGGUCUAUAGUUGAUUCUGAAUGAAAACCACCAGUAGGUCCAGCUGACAGUGCACAUUACAGAUGACAGUGUACAGAUAUUUAGGAUCUGCACAUUUUGUCUACCUCUUCACUGAUUGAUUGUAUUUACCUUCUCUGUAAUUGUCUAUGUCCUGUGUCUAUUGCACAAAUAACAUUUCCCCAUGGAGAUAAUCAAGUCACGAUCUUACCUUUCAGCCCCAAGUACAUUGCUGUGUUCAACCUAGCCUUCGCAGACGUGUGUGAGAGCACAGCCCUGGUCCCCAAGCUCCUGGAUACGUUCCUGUUCAGCAGACAGCUCAUCUCCUACAACCAGUGCCUCACUAGCCUCUUCUUCAUCUUCCUCUUCCUCACCAUGCAGUCCUUUAACCUCACCAUCCUCUCCUACGACAGACUGGUGGCCAUCUGCUGCCCGCUCAGGUCUCAGAUAAUACAUCAAAUCAAAUAAUUCAAUUAAAAUACAAUUUCAAAAGGCCUACAUAAUUUCCCCUUGUGGGAUAAAGAAUGUAUUUUGAAUCAAAUUGACUGCUUUCACUGACAAUUCAACCUCAUAUAUGAAUACACUGCAUCUAAAAUCCUUAUUAACAGCUUCUUUCCACUGUCCAUAUAGGUACCACAUGAUGGUUACUCACAGGUCCAUGUUCCAGCUGACAGGUGCUGCCUGGGCCCUUGCUGUGUUCAUUGUGUUGCUGGCUGUGUACCUCAUCACCCGACUCUCCUUCUGUAGGUAGGUGGCUGAGAAGGUGAACCUGUAGCCGAAAGGUUACCGGGCUGGGUGCUGGAGAAAAAUAAAUGAUCAUUUGAUCACUGUAACAUAUGGACACUGAAGAUGUAUUGUAUUGUAGGUCUCUGGUGAUCAACAGCUACUUCUGUGACCACGGUCCCCUGUUCCGUCUGGCGGCCCCCUGUUCUGAUGUGGUCCCUAACAUAGUGAUGUCUUAUCUCAACCCCUGUAUAGUCCUCUAUCUCCCCAUGGUAUUCAUCAUAUCAUCCUACAUCUGUAUCACACACGCCCUGUUCACCAUCACACAGCCCCAGGACAGGUGAGAAGUAAUACUGAUCAGAGUCAGAUAGUUAGCGAGAUAUUUUGUUUAUAUAACUAAAUAUAUAGCUCUGAUACUGAUUGUUGUGCUGUCUCAGAAAUACACUACAUGACCAAAAGUAUGUGGACACCUGCUCGUCGAACAUCUCAUUCCAAAAUCAUGGGCAUUAAAAUGGAGUUGGUCCCCCCUUAGCUGCUACAACAGCCUCCACUCUUCUGGGAAGGCUUUCCACUAGAUGUUGGAACAUUGCUACAGGGACUUGCUUCCAUUCAGCCACAAGGACAUUAGUGAGGUCGAGCCCUGAUGUUGGGCGAUUAGGCCGGGCUCGCAGUCUGCAUUCCAAUUCAUCCCAAAGGUGUUCGAUGGGGUUGAGGUCAGGGCUCUAUGCAGGCUAGUCAAGUUCUUCCAUCUCGACAAACCAUUUCUGUAUGGACCUCGCUUUGCGCACUGCAGUGGAGGCUGCUGAGGGGAGGAUGGCUCAUAAUAAUGGCUGGAACGGAGCAAAUGGAAUGGCAUUAAACACAUGGAAACCAUGUGUUAGAUGUAUUUGAUACCAUUCCCCCUUUUCCGCUCCAGCCAAUACCAAGAGCCAGUCCUCCCCAAUUAAGGCGCCACCAACCUCCUGUGGUGCACUGUGGCAUUGUCAUGCUGAAACAGGAAAAUGCCUUCUCCAAACGGUUGCCACAAAGUUGGAAGCACAGAAUCGUCUAGAAUGUAUGCUGUAGCUAAGAUUUCCCUUCAUUGGAACUAAGGGGCCUAGCCCGUACCAUGAAAAACAGCCCAAGGCCAUUAUUCCUCCUCCACCAAACUUUACAGUUGGCACUAUGCAUCUGCCAAACCCAGAUUUGUCAGUCGGACUGCAAGAUGGUGAAGCGUGAUUCAUCACUCCAGAGAACGCGUUUCCACUGCUCCAGAGUCCAAUGGCGGAGAGCUUUACACCACUCCAGCCGACGCUUGGCAUUGUGCAUGGUGAUCUUCGGCUUGUGUGCGGUUGCUCGGCCAUGGAAACCCAUUUCAUGAACAUCCCGACGAACAGUUAUUGUGCUGACGUUGCUUCCAGAGACAGUUUGGAACUUGGUAGUGAAUGUUGCAACCGAGGACAGACAAUUUUUAUGCGCUUAAGCACUCGGCUGUCCCGUUCUGUGAGCUUGUGUGGCCUACCACUUUCUUGCUGAGCCGUUGUUGCUCCUAAACGUUUCCACUUCACAAUAACAGCACUUACAGUUGACAAGGGCAGCUCUAGCAGGGCAGAAAUUUGACCAACUGACUUGUUGGACAGGUGGCAUCCUAUGACAGUACCACAUUAAAAGUCACUGAUCUCUUCAGUAAGGCCAUUCUACUGCCAAUGUUUGUCUAUGGAGAUUGCAUGGCGGUGUGCUCGAUUUUAUACACCUGUCAGCAACAGGUGUGGCUGAAAUAGCUGAAUCCACUAAUUUGAAGGGGUGUCCACAUACCUUUGUAUAUAUUGUAUGUUGUUAGAGUGAUGGACUUCUCUCUCCCUCCUUCUCCUUCUCUCUCCCUCCUUCUCUCUCCUUCGCUCUCUCUCCUUCUCUCUCCCUCCUUCUCUCUCCAUCUCUUUUUUUCCCUCAGAAUCAGAGCCGUGAAGACGUGCACCUCACACCUGAUACUCGUAGCCAUAUUCUACCUGCCUAUUAAUUUCACCUUCCUCCUUCACCCAAUCAUACCAACCAACGCCCGGAUCAUCAACCUCUCCCUGACCUCGGUGCUGCCACCCAUGCUCAACCCAAUCAUAUAUGUUCUGAAGACAGAGGAGUUUAAGGAAUCGGCCAAGAAGCUGCUUAGUACAAGAGGAGCCCAGAGAGCUGUGGCGCCGGUCCAAUCAACAUGAAGUGUUCAACUUUAUUUAUAUAUCUAUUUGACUUGUUUUUUAUUGAUAUUCUGUGUAAGAUAGUGUAUCUGCCAAAGUGAAUAAUUGUUGCUUCACUUAAAUGAGAAAUAUUUUUUUUCUUCCAAAUGAAAUAUUGUCUUUAAAGCCAUACAGAAAAUGUCAUAAUAAAAAGUCUGGAUACAACCCUAAUAAAAAUCAAAUGUAUUUAUAACGCCCCUUUUACAUCUCAGUUGUCACAAAGUGCUUAGCAAGCAGAAAUGGAGCAGUAUAACCAGAAGAACCAAAGAACACCCUAGACCCUAGAGAGUAAGAACACCAUAGAGUGUAAGACACACCUAGAGUGUAAGAACACCCUAGAGAGUAAGAACACCCUAGAGAGUAAGAACACCCUAGAGAGAAGAACACCCUAGAGAGGAAGAACACCCUAGAGAGUAAGAACACCCUAGAGAGUAAGAACACCCUAGAGAGGAAGAACACCCUAGAGAGGAAGAACACCCUAGAGAGUAAGAACACCCUAGAGAGGAAGAACACCCUAGAGAGGAAGAACAUCCUAACACCCUAGAGAGGAAGAACACCCUAGAGAGGAAGAACACCCUAGAGAGGAAGAACACCCUAACACCCUAGAGUUGAAGAACACCCUAGAGUUGAAGAACACCCUAGAGUUGAAGAACACCCUAGAGUUGAAGAACACCCUAGAGAGGAAGAACACCCUAGAGAGGAAGAACACCCUAGAGAGGAAGAACACCCUAUAGAGGAAGAACACCCUAGAGAGGAAGAAUACCCUAGAGAGGAAGAACACCCUAGAGAGGAAGAACACCCUAACACCCUAGAGAGGAAGAACACCCUAGAGAGGAAGAACACCCUAGAGAGGAAGAACACCCUUGAGAGGAAGAACACCCUAGAGAGGAAGAACACCCUAGAGUUGAAGAACACCCUAGAGUUGAAGAACACUCUAGAGAGGAAGAACACCCUAGAAAGGAAGAACACCCUAGAGAGUAAGAACACCCUAGAGAGGAAGAACACCCUAGAGAGGAAGAACACCCUUGAGAGGAAGAACACCCUAGAGAGGAAGAACACCCUAGAGUUGAAGAACACCCUAGAGUUGAAGAACACUCUAGAGAGGAAGAACACCCUAGAAAGGAAGAACACCCUAGAGAGUAAGAACACCCUAGAGAGGAAGAACACCCUAGAGAGUAAGAACACCCUAGAGAGGAAGAACACCUUAGAGAGGAAGAACACCCUAGAGAGGAAGAACACCCCAGAGAGGAAGAACACCCUAGAGAGUAAGAACACCCUCAAAGGAAAAAUACCCUAGAGAGGAACCAGGCUCAGAUGGGAGGCCAGGGGUAGUUGUUUGGUGGUGCAUGCUACUAUAGUAUAGUAUAAUUACAAAUAUUUGUAAUUUCUAUACAACCUAUACGCUAUUAAUAAUAAAAUAUAGCUAACAGUUGUCUUGAUGAUUCCAUUUACGAAACAAUGACAUUUCAAGGACAUGUCAUAUAGUACCAGGGUUGACCUGUGUGACCUGUUGACGCCCAGGUGAGAGCUCAUCCCUGUUGUCUAGAGAACCUACUAAUGGAUACCUGUAUGUCAGCCAACCCCUCCAUGAGGACUUCACCAUAGAGAUCCUAUAACCGGGGAUCGAAUUGAGGGGGUAUGUGGGGGCAGACCCGUCGCCAGACCUCAGUCUUAAGGGGGGCAUAUGAAAUGUAAUGAAAUGAAAAUUCCCUCAAGUGGGGGGGGGGCACAAGCAUUUUUGGGGGCGGGCCCGGCCCCCUAUGGCCCGCCCAUAGCGACGGGUGUGUGUGGGGGUAAGCCCUACCCUUGGUUUGAAGUCUAAAAGCAUCGUCAUAGAUCGCUUCAUAUAAUCAGGAUGCAUUUAUCCCCCUUCAAUUUCUUAAGCUAACAAGAGGUAUGCUUUUUGCCCUUUUCUUUAACAAGUCGUCAAGUUAAUUCAACAUCCAAAGCAUUCUGAUUACACCUGACUUGAGAUUAGUAUUUUAUUUUAAUUCUAUCUUGGUCAUAGACCUAAGCCUCCCAGGAUUCCAAUGACCAAUUAACAGCUGCUUUUACAAAAGAUAACUCCCCAGGGGUGCCUUUGUUACCAGGUCCACCAUAUCAACUUUACAUCACACUAGACCUGGGUUACUAGGUCCACCAAAUCAACUUUACAUCACACUAGACCUGGGUUACUAGGUCCACCAAAUCAACUUUACAUCACACUAGACCUGGGUUACUAGGUCCACCAUAUCAACUUUACAUCACACUAGACCUGGGUUACCAGGUCCACCAUAUCAACUUUACAUCACUCUAGACCUGGGCUACCAGAUCCACCAUAUCAACUUUACAUCACUCUAGACCUGGGCUACCAGGACCACCAUAUCAACUUUACAUCACACUAGACCUGGGUUACCAGGUCCACCAUAUCAACUUUACAUCACACUAGACCUGGGUUACAGGUCCACCAAUCAACUUUACAUCACACUAGACCUGGGUUACUAGGUCCAACAUAUCAACUUUACAUCACACUAGACCUGGGUUACUAGGUCCACCAUAUAAACUUUACAUCACACUAGACCUGGGCAACCAGGACCACCAUAUCAACUUUACAUCACACUAGACAUGGGCUACCAGGACCACCAUAUCAACUUUACAUGACACUAGACUGAGCUACCAGGCCACCAUAUCAACUUUACAUCACCUAGACCUGGGCUUACCAGGUCCACCAUAUCAACUUUACAUCACACUAGACCUGAGCUACCAGGUCCACCAUAUCAACUUUACAUCACACUAGACCUGGGCUACCAGGUCCACCAUAUCAACUUUACAUCACACUAGACCUGGGUUACCAGGUCCACCAUAUCAACUUUACAUCACUCUAGACCUGGGCUACCAGAUCCACCAUAUCAACUUUACAUCACUCUAGACCUGGGCUACCAGGUCCACCAUAUCAACUUUACAUCACACUAGACCUGGGUUACCAGGUCCACCAUAUCAACUUUACAUCACACUAGACCUGGGUUACUAGGUCCACCAUAUCAACUUUACAUCACACUAGACCUGGGUUACUAGGUCCACCAUAUCAACUUUACAUCACACUAGACCUGGGUUACCAGGUCCACCAUAUCAACUUGACAUCACACUAGACCUGGGUUACCAGGUCCACCAUAUCAACUUACAUCACCUAGACCUGGGCUUACACAGGUCCACCAUAUCAAAUUACAUCACACUAGACCUGGGUUACAGGUCCACCAUAUCAACUUUACAUCACACUAGACCUGGGUUACUGGUCCACCAUAUCAACAUUACAUCACACUAGACCUGGGUUACCAGGUCCACCGUAUCAACUUUACAUCACACUAGACCUGGGUUACCAGGUCCACCAUAUCAACUUUACAUCACACUAGACCUGGGCUACCAGGACCACCAUAUCAACUUUACAUCACACUAGACCUGGGUUACCAGGUCCACCAUAUCAACUUUACAUCACACUAGACCUGGGUUACUAGGUCCACCAUAUCAACUUUACAUCACUCUAGACCUGGGUUACCAGGUCCACCAUAUCAACUUUACAUCACACUAGACCUGGGUUACUAGAUCCACCAUAUCAACUUUACAUCACACUAGACCUGGCUACCAGACCACCAUAUCAACUUUACAUCACACUAGACCUGGGUUACCAGUCCACCAUAUCAACUUAACAUCACACUAGACCUGGGUUACAGAUCCACCAUAUCAACUUUACAUCACCUAGACCUGGGUUACCAGGUCCACCAUAUCAACUUUACAUCACCUAGACCUGAGCUACCAGAUCCACCAUAUCAACUUUACAUCACACUAGACCUUGGUUACCAGAUCCACCAUAUCAACUUUACAUCACACUAGACCUGGGUUACCAGAUCCACCAUAUCAACUUUACAUCACACUAGACCUGGGUUACCAGAUCCACCAUAUCAACUUUACAUCACACUAGACCUGGGUUACCAGAUCCACCAUAUCAACUUUACAUCACACUAGACCUGGAUUACCAGGACCACCAUAUCAACUUUACAUCACACUAGACCUGGGUUACCAGGUCCACCAUAUCAACUUUACAUCACUCUAGACCUGGGCUACCAGGUCCACCAUAUCAACUUUACAUCACACUAGACAUGGGCUACCAGGACCACCAUAUCAACUUUACAUCACACUAGACCUGGGUUACUAGGUCCACCAUAUCAACUUUACAUCACACUAGACCUGGUUACCUAGGUCCACCAUAUCAACUUUACAUCACACUAGACCUGGGUUACUAGGUCCACCAUAUCAACUUUACAUCACACUAGACCUGGGCUACCAGGACCACCAUAUCAACUUUACAUCACACUAGACCUGGGCUACCAGGACCACCAUAUCAACUUUACAUCACACUAGACCUGGUUACCAGGUCCACCAUAUCAACUUUACAUCACACUAGACCUGGGUUACCAGAUCCACCAUAUCAACUUUACAUCACACUAGACCUGGGUUACCAGAUCCACCAUAUCAACUUUACAUCACACUAGACCUGGGUUACCAGGACCACCAUAUCAACUUUACAUCACACUAGACCUGGGUUACCAGGUCCACCAUAUCAACUUUACAUCACUCUAGACCUGGGCUACCAGGACCACCAUAUCAACUUUACAUCACACUAGACCUGGGUUACCAGGUCCACCAUAUCAACUUUACAUCACACUAGACCUGGGUUACCAGGUCCACCAUAUCAACUUUACAUCACACUAGACCUGGGCUUACCAGGACCACCAUAUCAACUUUACAUCACACUAGACCUGGGUUACUAGGUCCACCAUAUCAACUUUACAUCACACUAGACCUGGGUUACUAGGUCCACCAUAUCAACUUUACAUCACACUAGACCUGGGUUACUAGGUCCACCAUAUCAACUUUACAUCACUAGACCUGGGUUACUAGGUCCACCAUAUCAACUUUACAUCACACUAGACCUGGGCUACCAGGACCACCAUAUCAACUUUACAUCACACUAGACCUGGGUUACCAGGUCCACCUUAUCAACUUUACAUCACACUAGACCUGGGUUACCAGGUCCACCAUAUCAACUUUAUAUCACACUAGACCUGGGUUACCAGGACCACCAUAUCAACUUUACAUCACACUAGACCUGGGUUACCAGAUCCACCAUAUCAACUUUACAUCACACUAGACCUGGGUUACCAGGACCACCAUAUCAACUUUACAUCACACUAGACCUGGGUUACCAGGUCCACCAUAUCAACUUUACAUCACUCUAGACCUGGGCUACCAGGACCACCAUAUCAACUUUACAUCACACUAGACCUGGGUUACCAGGUCCACCAUAUCAACUUUACAUCACACUAGACCUGGGUUACCAGGUCCACCAUAUCAACUUUACAUCACAUAGACCUGGGCUACCAGGACCACCAUAUCAACUUUACAUCACACUAGACCUGGGUUACCAGGUCCACCAUUAUCAACUUUACAUCACACUAGACCUGGGUUACCAGGUCCACCAUAUCAACUUUACAUCACACUAGACCUGGGUACCAGGACCACCAUAUCAACUUUACAUCACACUAGACCUGGGUUACUAGGUCCCAAAACAUACCUAACCCUUUUCUAGUCCACCACAUAUCACCUAGGGUUACAGGUCCCCAUAUCAACUUUACAUCACAAUAGACCUGGGCUACCAGGACCACCAUAUCAACUUUACAUCACCUAGACCUGGGUUACCAGGUCCACCAUUAUCAACUUACAUCACACUAGACCUGGGUUACCAGGUCCACCAUAUCAACUUUAUAUCACACUAGACCUGGGCUACCAGGACCACCAUAUCAACUUUACAUCACACUAGACCUGGGUUACUAGGUCCACCAUAUCAACUUUACAUCACACUAGACCUGGGUUACUAGGUCCACCAUAUCAACUUUACAUCACACUAGACCUGGGUUACUAGGUCCACCAUAUCAACUUUACAUCACACUAGACCUGGGCUACCAGGACCACCAUAUCAACUUUACAUCACACUAGACCUGGGUUACCAGGUCCACCAUAUCAACUUUACAUCACACUAGACCUGGGUUACCAGGUCCACCAUAUCAACUUUAUAUCACACUAGACCUGGGUUACCAGGUCCACCAUAUCAACUUUACAUCACACUAGACCUGGGUUACCAGAUCCACCAUAUCAACUUUACAUCACACUAGACCUGGGUUACCAGGACCACCAUAUCAACUUUACAUCACACUAGACCUGGGUUACCAGGUCCACCAUAUCAACUUUACAUCACUCUAGACCUGGGCUACCAGGACCACCAUAUCAACUUUACAUCACACUAGACCUGGGUUACCAGGUCCACCAUAUCAACUUUACAUCACACUAGACCUGGGUUACCAGGUCCACCAUAUCAACUUUACAUCACACUAGACCUGGGCUACCAGGACCACCAUAUCAACUUUACAUCACACUAGACCUGGGUUACUAGGUCCACCAUAUCAACUUUACAUCACACUAGACCUGGGUUACUAGGUCCACCAUAUCAACUUUACAUCACACUAGACCUGGGUUACUAGGUCCACCAUAUCAACUUUACAUCACACUAGACCUGGGCUACCAGGACCACCAUAUCAACUUUACAUCACACUAGACCUGGGUUACCAGGUCCACCAUAUCAACUUUACAUCACACUAGACCUGGGUUACCAGGUCCACCAUAUCAACUUUAUAUCACACUAGACCUGGGUUACCAGGACCACCAUAUCAACUUUACAUCACACUAGACCUGGGUUACUAGGUCCACCAUAUCAACUUUACAUCACACUAGACCUGGGUUACUAGGUCCACCAUAUCAACUUUACAUCACACUAGACCUGGGUUACCAGGUCCACCAUAUCAACUUUACAUCACACUAGACCUGGGUUACCAGGUCCACCAUAUCAACUUUACAUCACUCUAGACCUGGGUUACCAGAUCCACCAUAUCAACUUUACAUCACACUAGACCUGGGUUACCAGAUCCACCAUAUCAACUUUACAUCACACUAGACCUGGGUUACCAGAUCCACCAUAUCAACUUUACAUCACACUAGACCUGGGUUACCAGGUCCACCAUAUCAACUUUACAUCACUCUAGACCUGAGCUACCAGAUCCACCAUAUCAACUUUACAUCACACUAGACCUGGGUUACCAGAUCCACCAUAUCAACUUUACAUCACACUAGACCUGGGUUACCAGGUCCACCAUAUCAACUUUACAUCACUCUAGACCUGGGCUGAACACAUUAUUUGAACAGAGAUAUGGUGCCUUAAUUAGUCAUAACUUGUUUAGUUGUUGUGUCCUUUAUUUAACUUUCAGUCUCUUGUUCAAGUGAGCCCUGGCUCUUGUAAUAGGGAGUCAUUUUAUCAUGACACCAUCUGCAUAUUCUUAACUCGUUGUUCUCUCUGCAUGAUCCUGCAAACAUACCAAGUUAACACAGCAGACCAAGAGUGUAUCCAUCCAUCCAUCCAGAUUCCUGGACCAUGGCUUACGAGCAGUCAGUCCUAAUCUCUUACAAUGCUACAUUCAAUCGCCAGUCAUAUUUCUACAUCAACAGUUUCGAGAACAUCCCUCACUUCAAAUACUAUCAUGGUGUUCUGUGUCUGGUCUACGCUAUGGCGGUCCUGGCUAACCCCAUCAUGGCUGUUAUUUACCUGGAACCUCCACACAACCAA